AUGAGCAGCAUGAAACGCAACGCAACCCCAUCUCCCUCUCAACCUCCACCGUCCGAUGUUGAUGAUCAAUCACCCAACAUCACCGAAGAAGUUGAUCACGCCAUGAACGAAUUCUACAAUGGGAACCCCACCGAAGCCUUGAGUCUUGUCAAGGACAUCCUAUCUCGCCACCCAAACUCUGCGCUUGCUCAUAACACACUCAGCUACCUUCUCGACAAAAGCCUCAACUCUACUGCCACUCCCGACCACAAAAAGCUCAAAAUUGCCAAGAGUUCCGUCAACUCUUCCAAGCGAGCAGUCGAGUUAUGCCCCAUCUCUCUCUCCUUCUGGUACUCAUACGUCAUUGCACUCGUCAAAUUAGCCUACAACGACGCCAAUGCUGGCUUCGAAGCUGUGAUCCAAGCGUGUGAUACCAGUUUAUCCAUCGAAAACCCCACUGUUCACGGGGAGGACGAAAUUGAUUUAAUCAGAAAGAACCUCAGACUCUUCAAAUUGAGAAGCGUGUAUCUCAUAGACACUAAAUAUUUGGGAAGCAUAACGAAUGAGAUUCAAGAACUACAAGACAGAAAGGAAGAGAUCGAACUGAGAGCUGUUUCGGCGAGGAAGAACUUCAAAACGCAAGAAUUGGCCUCGUCAGAUAACAAAAGAAAGCUCAAGAACGUAAAGAAAGUUGCGGCUGAUGUUGACACGGUGGUGGCGACACGAGUCAAGGACUAUUGGAACCACGGGAUGAGUAUGGAGCAAAAGAAGGAUUUGUUGAGGAUUCGAAUCGAAGACCUUAAACUGCAUUUUGCUAAGAAUAACUCACCGGCGGCAAUGGCAGUGUUGAUGCAGGCAGUGGAGUAUGUGAAGGUGGUGAAGAAUUGGAAGUUUUGGAAGUGUUGUUGUUGCAAUGAGAGGUCUUUUGACGUCGAAUUGAAUAGGGAGCAUAUCAAGAGUGUGCAUUUAGGGACUUUCUCCGAUGAAUCACAAUCAUUCAUGCCGGAAAUUGAAUUUGAUUCAGUCCAUGACACCGUUGAAUCAAGAAAGUGGGGACCUGUGGACGUGAUCGCCGCUAAGAAAAUGAUGGAAGAUUUGUCAAGAAACAGGCGUGGAGAUGAAGGCCUAAAUGAGUCUACAGUUUUCAUGAACCAGAAAGAAUGGCCUUAUUGCAAAGAUAGCAGGCGUGACAAGGUCAUUAAUGAAAUUCGAGCAAGGUUACGCCUGUUCUUGAGGGUUAGAUUUUUUGUUUCAAGUCAUCUUUUAGUGUUCAUGGACUUGAUAAUGGAAAUGCUUAAGAAGCGAAUCCCGGAAAAGCUGCUUAAGGAACAUUGGAUGAACCGCACUCUGCUCUCAGCAUGCUUUCUUGACAUCUCAGAGCUUAAUCGUGUGUUCAAGUUCUUGGAUGAUCUCGCUCAUAUUUGUGGGUUAUACGGGCUCUGCUCGAGUCUUGCAAAGGAUAAGAUUAGAGGUGAGUCUUGUGUUGCUUGUCAUGAGAAGAUUGUAUUCAAUGAGGACUUCUCUUGUGUAGUUUUUGACAAGAGAAUGUUGCAUGGAGAGCUUCUUGUGCCGAAUGAUGGAGCCGCUGUUACUUCUAGUGCUAAUGCUGAAAUCGUAUUAAAUGAUGAUGAGUGUAAAGAUGCUAUUGUGGAUUGGUUAUUGAAGGGAAGUACUAAUAUUAAUAUUGGGGAGCAAUUGAAGCAGUGGGCAAAUUUGAGAGAAACAAGUAGAAGUCAAGGGAAAGAUUUUUUCAAGAUCUAUGAGGCUGAAUUUCACCGGAUGCAGAACAUUCUUGAGAAAAAAAUACUGUAUUUGAGAUACAUUAAGGUAUUUCAGAAUUUGGAUAGUAUAUGCGUUGAAGAAGAUAAAAGAAGGGAAGAGUUUAGGCACAAACCAUUGAGUUGCGAGUCUCUCUUGUCAGAACGGGAGAGGCAGACUAAGAACACAAACGAUGAGAAUUUUGAGUCGGAUAUCAUAUGGUAUAUUUUGGAAGAAAAUCACGAGGACAAUGAAAUAAAAUUAGAGAUCAAGAAGCAUAUUAGUGAGAUAAAUGAAAAGCUUUACAAAUUUGAUGGUAUAAUCAGGACAACUACUAUUGCUAUGCAGCAGACGGGAAAGAAAAUUGAAGCGGUAACUGCUUAUGACUACCGAUCAAUUAUGGUGCCCCUGCUGAAGUCAUUCAUUCUGGAACGCCUGGAUGAACUGGCUAAAAAAGAUGCGGAAGAGAAGUCUAAGGCUGCAGCAAAAGCAUUGUUAUCAGAACCUGAUCUUGAUGACAAGAAGAUCACCACUGACAAAGGAUGUGGUGAUGCAAGACAAGGGAAGGGAAAAUCAAAGGAAAAAAUGAAGAAAAAGAAUAAAAGAAAGCCAAAGGAAUUACAGGCAACUGGAGGUAGCAAAGAGCAUCAGGAAAAUGUGGAGCAAAUAUCCUUUCCUGCUGAGCAUGGCGGAGAUAACCCUCCUAAUCCAGAGAUUUUUGGUCCUGUAAUCAUUGAUGAACUGGGGCAAGACAAACCGAAACUUAUGCCUGAGGAGGAGAAAGAGCAAAGAAUGCUUGAAGAGCAUUUGGAGGACCAGAGGCACGUUGAGAAUGAGGCCAAACAAAAGCGCCUUGCGGAGCUAAAUAAAGCUGGAAGCAGUGCAGGAAAUAUGGAAAAAAAGUGCCUUAGGCGCAUUAACUUUGAUGACUUUAACUGGAAGUAUUUUUAUCAAGCUCAGGGUGUCAAAUUGGAUGAGAAAUGA